GUAACAGCUUCGCGCCGACCUUCAACAACCGAAGGAACAUUCCAUAAACAACGGCAAGGUUGAUGUCAGCCACACCACCACACCGGAUCCAUAACCGUCCACGGUAGCCUUUCUGCGGAUUGUGUGAGCAACACGACGCAAUGGCCGAAAGAACUAGCUCAGACGCCCCCGGGCUCGGGACACCCGCGCCGCCAUCACCAACAACCGACUCCGGCACCGUCAACAAGUUCCAGAACGCCAUUUCGCAAUGGAGGAGUCUCGACUUCACCACCCUCGUCUCUAACCUCGACAACACCGCCUCCGAGAUCGUGGCCUUCCAGCGGGACUCGACCGUGCAGAGGAAGGAUUUGGCGCAAAAGACGAAAGACUUUAGAAAGCUCGACGACGCAAGCAAGCUUACCGAAAUCAAGGGAUUGCUCAAGGCCUACCAAACCUUCAUCGAUCUACUGACGACCAGCUCCAAGUCCGUCAACUCCGCCUUUCUACACACAUACACAUCGCUGUCCGAAGCGCCGGAUCCGUACCCAUUACUUGAGGCCUCGGUGGAUUCGAUGCUUGUCUCGGAGGACACACUGCCGAAGCUCACCCAGGAGAACCAACACUUGCAGGACAGUGUUUCCCGGCUGACGACCCAGCUCGACGACACAGAAGCUCGACUCCAGACGGAACGCGAUGCGAGGAAAAAGCUAGAGGAGAACCUCGAGAGUAAGGUCAAGGAGGCCGAGGAGUCGUGGACCGCCGUGGUAGAGGAAAAGCAGGAUAAUUGGUCAGCAAAGGAGAAGGCGCUGGAGGACAAGAUCGAGAAUCAGGACCGCCUGCUGAACGAAAUCAAGGCCAGCUACGAGGUCAACCAGCGACUGGGGAAAUCCGACGAUACCGAGGAGGGCCGAGGGCACGUCACGAGCGCCGAGCUGGAGAUGGUGCAUUCUGACUUGGAACGGACGAGUACACGGCUUGCCGAGGUUGAAGCCCGCAACGAACAGCUGCGUCUGGAUCUGGCCCAGGCCAAGUCACAGGUCCCAACUCAAGCCUCGGUCAACCUGGAAGAUGAGCCCGGCUACCUGCGGGUGAGGUCGGAGAACUCGUCUCUCAUCCGGAAACUUGAUGCGGCGCGAGUGGAAAAGGAGGGCCUAAAGAGGGAUCUGAGCGUCAAGCUCCGGGGGCUUGAAAGAGAGGUCGGCAUGCUAAAGGACGAGCGGGACGGCCUCAAGGCGAAGGUUCAGAAAUGGGGCGACUACGAGGAGGUCAAGCAAGAACUGGAAGUUCUCAAGAGCAUUGAGUUCUCGACAGGCGAUGACGACGAAACGCGGGAUAUCGGUGGGGGCGAGAACGGCGCUGCAGCCCCGGGCAAGGGAGACACACUCGAGCAGCUGCUUGUGGCCCGAAACAAGAAGUUGAGCGACGAACUCACCAUUUUGCGUGUGUCGCAUCAAGAUCUACAAAGCAGGCUGCAAAAUCUGCAGGAGGAGCUGUCACGGACCAACGCUGAGCUCGAGAAAUCGCAAAACCUCAACGAGAAGCUCGAGAACGAGCUCUCCACCGUCCAAGCCGAGGCGCCCAAUGCCUUCCCCUCAGGCGCUUCCGUUGCGGGCACCUACGUAAGUCGCUACGCACCCUCCAUCGCGCCAGGCCGUAAAGGAGGACGAACAUCACCGACCUCGUCCAUCAUCAGCGGCUUCAACCCGCGCGACUCGUCCGACGACCGACCACCCAUGGGCGGCGGCUCAGGCAUCCUACCCAUGAUCACGGCGCAGCGCGACCGCUUCAAGAAGCGCAACACGCAGCUCGAGCAAGAGCUCUCGGAAAACCACCGCACCGUCUCCCAGCUCCGGCAGGAGAUCGCCGCCCUGCAGCGCGACAACCUCAACCUCUACGAAAAGACGCGCUACGUAUCCACCUACAACCGAACAGCCGCCGUCGUCGGCGGGGGCACGGCAACCACGUCCUCCUCCUCGGCCUUCGCGGCCAACCCCAACCCCUCCUCCGUCUCCCUCACCUCCUCCCCCCACCUCGGCGGCGGCGGUGGCGGCGGGCCCACCAGCCCCGGCUCGGCGCCGCUCGGCCUCGACCGCUACCGCAAAGCCUACGAGUCCAACCUGUCGCCGUUCGCGCAGUUCCGCGGCCGCGAGUCCGCCCGCGCCUACAAGCGCAUGAGCCUGCCCGAGCGCGUCGUCUACUCGGUCACCCGCAUGGUCCUCGCCUCCCGCACCAGCCGCAACCUGUUUGCGCUGUACUGUCUUGCUCUGCACAUGCUGGUCUUCUGCUCGGUGUUUUGGAUGGGGACGGAGGAUGCCGAUCGCCAUGCCAUGGCCGGCGGGGCCGCGGCGGCUAUGGCGGCGCAGGCGCCCGGGGUGGAUUAAAGGGGGG